AUGGCAGAGAAUUCCCCCCGAAACUGCCAAACCUGUGACCGAACGGCCCUACCGGCGGACGACAACAUACAGUGCGGCCUCUGCAAGUUGUGGGAGCACGCGGAAUGCGCUGGCAUCGACAUGCAUACCCGACAGCCGGGUGUUUUAUAUGUGUGCGGUAAAUGCUCGUUGCAGGGGAAGUCCGACCACUUGAAAGUACCCGAAAUUGGUGGCCGCACGACUCGAUCAAGUUCCAAACCAGGAUCUAAGGCAAGUUCUAAGGUAGGAUCGACAAGAAGUUGUAAGAAGGGAAAAUCGAAUCCUGGUGGCAGUGUAACGUCGAGUGUACGUGCUGCAAUAUUAACGGAGCAGCUGAAACUCGUCGAGAAGGAGCAGAAGAUGCAGGAACUAGCCCUCCAAGAAGAGCAGGAUGUUCGGAACCGACUGUUGGACGAAGGAGAACGCCAAUUGGAGGAGAAAAAGCGUCUUCGAGAGCGAAGAUUAAAGGAGGAGUUAGAAUUGAAGCAAAAAGAACAACAGAUUAGGAAGGAAUCUUUAGAAAAGCGGCAAGCGCUCAUCCGGCACAUAGCAGAGGCUAGUAGCAGAGGUGGUUCCAUCGUCAACUCAAACCAGAUGGUGGAAGAUUGGUUAAACAGACAGGACGCUGGACAAUCAAACGGAAAUCUACUGGGGAAUCCAAACAACCCCAACGUGACCCCGAUACCCGAUGUCCCAGCGGAUCCCCCUUUCCUCCCUGUGCCACAGCCAUCAAGUCCACCGGCUCCGUUGCCGCUGCCAUCGAACCCGCCUGUUCCCGUACCGCAGACUCCGAUUCCAUCCGGAAUUCCCGGUACGCCAGGGGAUCCGCAGCCAACGUAUCUGCCCUCUCCGUCGCCUCAGCUACCACAACCCGUUGACCCGACUCAACCUUCUUCGGCCAGCCCCGUUCCCCUCGUUCGCGUAUUAACACAAGCACAAAUAGCGGCGAGGCAAGUUUUAGCCAAAGAUUCGCCCUUGUUUAGCGGGAGCCCGGAGGACUGGCCCUUAUUUAUAAGUAAUUUUGAACAGUCUACGACCACCUGCGGUUAUUCAGAUGCGGAAAACCUAGUACGCCUUCAGCGGUGUUUGAAAGGACACGCACUAGAGUCCGUACGAAGUCGCUUACUCCUGCCGGUGAGCGUACCGCACGUCGUUCAGACUCUGCGUACGUUAUUUAGAAGACCUGAUUUCCUGAUUAGGUCGCAAUUGAGCAAGAUUAAUCAAAUUCCCUCGCCGCGACACGACCGACUGGAAACGGUCAUUCACUUUGGCCUAGCAGUGCAGAAUCUUGUUGAUCACCUCAAAGCGGGACAGCAACUCAAUCAUCUCGCGAAUCCUGUGCUUUUACAGGAACUGGUGGAGAAAUUGCCCGGUUCAAUGCGUCUUGACUGGGCAGUUUACAAAAACAAUCAUCCGCCUGCAACGUUGGACACCUUUGGCAUCUUCAUGUCUGGAGGGAGCUCUCAGAAAUACAUCACGUACACUGAAGUCAAAAACAGUAAGCCUAAGGGUAACACGGGCGUCGUUCAGGCACAUUCUGCAGAGCAGCCGACAGCUCCAACCACUAACAAAACCUCCACCGGCGCGAAACCGGACAAGCAGUGCCAAGCGUGCGGUCGAACCGGCCAUCGAGUUGCUGAGUGUCAUCAAUUCGGGGGAGCCAGUUUAGACGAACGGUGGAAGCUAGUCCAGCAGAAAGAACUUUGUAGAACCUGCCUCAAUAGUCACGGCAAGUGGCCGUGCCGAUCCUGGAAAGGCUGUGGUGUCCAGGAAUGUCGCCAGAAACACCAUACACUUUUACACUCCGACACGUCCUGCGAUCGAUCCGUUUCAGCUAGUCACGUAACCUCCGGUAAUUUUCAGUGGCCACUUUUCCGCAUUCUUCCCGUGGUUCUGUAUGGCAACCAUUCCUCCCAAGUUGUCUACGCCUUCAUCGAUGAAGGAUCGUCCUACACUCUCCUGGAUGAAUCAGUUGCGAAAGGUCUGGGAGUCGCGGGGAAAACAGAUCCGCUCACCUUGAAGUGGACCGGAAACGUGACACGGGUCGAACCGACCUCGCAAUGUGUCCAGCUUGAUAUCUCCGGCAAAAAUAUAAAUUCCCGAUACACUCUUUUCAAUGUCCGGACGCUUCUCAUCGGCUUGGAUAAUUUGAAACUGGGAGUUCCGCUCAAGCUGCGAGAAGGAGGGCAAACUCAUCCGAUUGGGGCAAAGUGCCGUCUAGGUUGGAGUGUCUACGGUUACGUCCCAAAUCAGUCGUCGCAUUCAGCAAUCGUUGGAUUUCACGUCGGAGCGGUCUCAGAUCGCGACCGCGAACUCAACGAACAGCUCCAUGACUAUUUCACGCUUGAAGACAACGGAGUCACCAUUCCAAGUCCUGAAUUGGAAUCCGAAGAUGAGAAACGAGCGAUACGGUUACUACAGGAGACUACACGACGCACGCCCGAGGGAGCACAUUUCGAAACCGGAUUACUGUUUAAAACGGACGAUCCAAACUUUCCUGACAGUUAUCCCAUGGCUGUCCGACGUCUGGAGGCACUUGAGCGUAGACUUCAACGAGAACCAGCGCUGAAAGAACGUGUGCACCAGCAAGUAUUAGACUACGAACGGAAAGGAUACACACACCGUGCAACUCUUGCCGAAUUGACUUCCGUUGAGGCAAAUCGUGUAUGGUACCUUCCCCUAGGUGUCGCUACAAACCCCAAAAAACCAGACAAAAUCCGGCUGAUCUGGGAUGCGGCGGCCAAGGUGGGGGAAGUCUCCUUUAACUCCCGUCUCUUAAAAGGACCCGACCUACUAGUCGCGCUCCCGACGGUCCUCAGCCAGUUUCGCCAAUUUCCAGUGGCGCUUACUGGUGACGUCAUGGAAAUGUUUCAUCAGCUGCGAAUGCGUUUUCCUGACUGUCAAUCGCAACGUUUCCUUUUCCGGUUUUGUUCCUCGGAUAACCCCCAAGUCUACGUCAUGGACGUCGCUACAUUUGGGGCGUGCUGUUCCCCGGCGUCGGCACAGUACGUAAAGAACCUUAACGCCGAUGAGUUCGCUAGCGAUUAUCCAAGAGCAGCAGACGCCAUCAAGAAAAAGCAUUACGUCGACGACUACUUGGACAGCUUCAAGACGAUCGAGGAGGCGAUUACAGUCGUGAACGAGGUCAGGCUUUUGCAGUCCAAGGGAGGCUUCACUUUACGGCGAUUCCUUUCCAAUGAAUCCGAAGUGCUGCGAGGAAUAGGUGAAGUAGCUGAAGAGGAAUCUAAAAGCCUUCAUAUGGAACGAGAGGGCAAGUCCGAAUCGUUACUUGGGAUGCAAUGGAUCCCGAAAGAAGAUGUGUUCAUCUACUCCUUCGGAACACGCGAUGAUUUACAGGCCAUCCUGCAUCCAGAUCAUAUGCCCACCAAGCGUGAAGUGGCCAAGGUGGUCAUGAGCCUUUUCGAUCCGCUCGGUCUAAUCGCGUAUUUCCUGGUUCACGGUAAAAUCUUUAUCCAGGAGCUCUGGGCGCGUGGAGUCGGCUGGGAUCAAGAAAUCCCCCAAGAACUAAAUGGACGUUGGCGACAAUGGGUGUGCUUACUCCAGCAACUGGGUCAACUUCGCAUUCCUCGGAGCUACUUCCAACCGACACAUGACUAUUCUCGUCUGCAAAUCCACGUCUUGGCUGAUGCUAGCGAAACCGCUUACGCCUGUGCAGUGUACUUCCGCUUGGAGACGUCCCGCGGCAUAGAAGUGACACUUGCUAAAGCCAAAACUAAAGUUGCCCCGUUGAAAACACUAUCUAUUCCUCGUCUCGAACUGAAAGCGGCAGUUUUGGGCGUACGCUUGAUGAACACGGUCCUGAAACGUCAUACCUUCGUGGUUUGUCAACGCUACUGUUGGAGUGAUGCAACCACUGUCCUCGCGUGGGUGCGCUCCACCGAUCAUCGGCGUUAUCAUAAAUAUGUAGCCGUUAGGGUCGGCGAGAUCUUGUCAUCCACGCAACAAUCCGAGUGGCGCUGGGUCCCAACCAAGCUCAAUGUUGCGGAUCUCGCUACAAAGUGGAACAACGGUCCGCAAAUUACCAUGGACAGUCCCUGGUUUCAAGGCCCGGCCUUUCUCUACGAGCUCGAAGAGGGCUGGCCCAAGCAGCAAACGAUUGCCUCAACCGAGCAAGAGCUUCGUCCGUCCCAUUUUCAUGCCGCACACUUCUCUUCGGACAUGGCAUUCAACCGAUUUAAUCGAUGGACCAAGAUGCAGCGUGUAGCUGCAUAUGUUCUUCGCGGGUUGAACAACUUCCCCAAGCGCCGAUCGAGGGAAAACCUGCAACUCGGAAACCUAACAAGCGACGAACUUCGACGAGCAGAAGAAAUCCUCCUGAAAACGGCACAAAGCGAUUUCUACGCGGAGGAAAUUGCAGUUUUGGCUAAGACUCAAGGUCCACCCGAGCAGCGUCAUGCAAUCGUGGACAAAUCCAGCUCUAUCAACAAGCGGUGGCCAUACCUGGACGAGAGCGGAGUUCUGCGAAGUCGGGGACGAAUUGGCGCGGCACCAUACGUACCGGCCGAAGCUAAGUUCCCAAUCAUCCUCCCCAAACAACACCUAAUCACCUUCCUUAUUGUAGACUGGUACCACCGCCGUUUCCGUCAUGCCUACCGAGAAACCAUUUUCAACGAAAUCCGCCAACGGUUCGAGAUUUCAAACCUGAGACGACUACUGGAGAAAGUUCAGAAAGCGUGCGCUUUCUGUCGCGUAGCGAAGGCGAUGCCAACACCACCACCAAUGGCUCCGCACCCUGAGAUGUGCUUGACGGCUUUCGUUCAGCCCUUCACGUUUACCGGAUUAGACUAUUUCGGGCCGAUACUGGCGAAGGUGGGUAGGGUCAACGUGAAGCGCUGGGUGGCACUAUUCACGUGCCUCACGACUAGAGCAAUCCACAUGGAGGUGGUACACUCGUUAAGCACGGAGUCCUGUAUCAUGGCAGUACAACGUUUUGUGGCACGCAGAGGCAUCCCAAGGGAAUUCUGGACCGAUAUUGCUACCUGCUUCCAAGGCACCAGCAACGAGAUGAGGGCGCUAAAAGAAGCUAGAGACAAGGCUUUAUCCACAAAGUUCACGACCUCCCAAACUACCUGGAAGUUUAUACCCCCAGCGGCACCACACAUGGGCGGUGCGUGGGAGAGAUUAGUUCGGUCGGUCAAGGUAGCGAUUGGAGCGGUUAUGGAUGGCCCACGGAAACCCGAUGACGAGACACUGGAGACGAUUCUCCUGGAAGCGGAGGCCAUGAUCAACUCCAGGCCUCUCACCUUCAUUCCGCUGGAAUCUGCGGAUCAGGAGGCAAUGACCCCAAACCAUUUUUUGUUGGGCAACUCUUCUGGCACGAAGUUUCUACCCACCGUAAAGCUGGACAGUCGUUCAACACUCCGAAGCAGUUGGAAGUUGGCCAAGUACAUUACCGAUGAGUUCUGGCGCAGGUGGCUAAAGGAGUACCUCCCCGUAAUCACACGAAGAUGCAAAUGGUUCAAGGACGUGAAAGAUCUGGAGGUAGGUGACCUAGUUUUGGUGGCUGACGGAGCGGCACGGAACCAGUGGGCUAGGGGGAGGAUCGAGAGGGUGAUUCCAGGACGAGACGGCAGAGUACGACAAGCAUUGGUUCGGACAUCGUCAGGAACUCUACGUAGACCAGCGGUGAAGUUAGCUGUUUUGGACGUCGAGGUGAACAGUAAACCUGGCAUCGGUGACUCCGGAUCUUGA